GGGCAGACAGCCGUGGAUGAUCAUCGAGGAGAGCACGAAAAGUCCGACCAAGCAAGGUUCAACGGGAGUGAUCACGUUUUGUGACUGUAUCGACCAACUACGGAGGUUCAAUUCCGUUGCUCUUCUUUCACUUUCACUUUCACUUUCACUUUCAUCUACAUUUUCACGUCUUUGAGGUAGUUAUCGUCAAUUGUUGGAAGCUCCCACCUCGACCUUGACUCUUGAACCAGUGAUCUUUGCCCAUUGAAUUUUGUCAAGCAAAAGUCGAUCUACUGGGAUCGCCUCACUCUUCUGCUCAUGGACGACACUCGAAUGAUUGUGGAGAAGCAAGGGAUUUCAACAACUGACGAACUCGGCACCAUCUUCUUUGACUUUGUACCUAAUGUCACUGACAACGUUCCUCAUUUGGUCGCCGUCGGGUCCACGUUUCCUGGUCACUUCAUCAAGCAUCCGAGUAAAGGGAUCAGCUACUUGGUAAAGCUUCGGCAUCUCGACUCUAGUACAGAAGGGGAUGAGAAUCAGAUGGAGGUGAAAUCUUGCUCCGUUACCCUAAACAAAGAGCGUUCACCGACUCUGGCAGCAGUUCCCUCGAGAGCACCGAGGGUAUCAUCAAUUGAAAUUCCAGAAAAGAUGAAAGUUAAAUUCAAUUGUGAGGAGCCAAAUUGGAGGCAAGGGGCAAUAGUCACGAUGCGGGCCUCGAUACAACUGGGUCAACCCUCGGCGCUCAUUAAUUGGACUCUUCUUCGGUGAGCGCGUCUAUCGUUACACUGGGUAUUCGAGCCAGACAUCAAAGCUGUUGGGCAGGUCGAUCUAGGUGGCAAUAAAUCAAAGCCUUCGAGAAAAUGCUGCAUCCAGUGCGUGAUUGCAUAAGGUGCUUUCUUGGUCCAAGGUUAGGCCAGAGUGGAUUGUUGAACCCCAGUCACAUGUGUGGUUUCAUGGAUGCAUGAGAGUCUAAUCUACAUCGAUUAAUUCCGAUUCGAGCUUGCCAUUAGGGCGCAUAUAAUUUGUAGCAAUAUAAUCUUCACUCUUUCGCAAACCAGCAUGUUUCUUAUUGCUUGUUCAUACACGUUAGAACUAAUACACGCAAAACUAUUCUUUCAUU